AUCUGCAUACUUUCCGAAACGGUGACGUCAUCGCCCCCCCCCCCCCCCCUCGACCUCUGAACCCCAUGAUGUCUCAUAACAACAACAAUGGCGGCCUUCGUGCCGCAGAAGAUAUCGAGCCUUUCUUGAACUUACUCGUCUUGUAGUGGAUCCAUGUGGACGCAAAUAUUCUUAAAACGAUGACGAGGAGGACGGAGGAAAAAAAGAUUUCGCCCUUGUGGACGGAGCCUGAAGCCUCACUCUAUCAGAAGAUACAUGAAAUUAGUGACUUGGUUCGUUCAGCCUCUCUGUGCGCUCGUCACACAGGGUGCUCAAGUGGAGGGGUUGAUGCUCCGCCCACUCACACAGCGGUUGGUGGACGUUAUGUCAGGUCCUUUGAUAUAUUCUCCAAAUAAAAUGAAAGUCAAGUAAACUGGAUCAGAGAUGUCAUCUGGACCUUCAGGUCCUUCAGGAUCUGGACUGAAGUCAGUCAGAAGAUCUCCUCGGCUGUCUCCACAGUGCAGUGGCAGUAAAGGAGGACAGGAGGAGAAGAAAGGAGGACACAGUCUGCAGGAGGUGAAGAGGAGAGGAAGGAUGGAGAGGAGCAGAGACGAAGAGGAGGAGGUGAACAACAGACUGAAGACGCUGGAUCUGUCCUGUAGGUCCGUGGCGUCUGGAACAGGUCUGGUUUAUUCUGAGAUCUUCACUCAUCAUAAGAACCUGUGGGACUCCAGUCAUCCAGAGAGUCCAGACAGAGUGACGUCCAUCAUGGAGGAGCUGCAGAGACAGGAGCUGCUGUCUCACUGUGUCAGAGUCCAGCCCAGAGAAGCUACAGAAGAAGAGCUGCAGCUCGCUCACAUGAAACAUUAUGUGGAUCUAAUGAAGUCGACUCAGACGAUGACAGAAAGUGAACUACACACUCUGUCUGAGAAAUGCGACUCUGUUUACAUCCAUCCUGAGUCCUUCCAGGUGGCUGUGUUGGCGGUGGGUUCGGUCCUGCAGCUGGUGGACCGGGUCGUCACCUCUGAGCUCAGGAACGGAUUCGCUGUCAUCAGACCUCCAGGUCAUCACGCUCAGUCUAAUGAGUCAAACGGAUUCUCUCUCUUCAACAACGUGGCGAUCGCAGCUCGAUACGCUCGGACCAGACUCUCAGUCAGCAGGGUGUUGAUAGUAGACUGGGAUGUUCAUCAUGGUCAAGGCAUCCAGUACCUGUUCCAGGAAGACCCCAGUGUGCUGUACUUCAGUGUCCACAGGUAUGAGGGGGGAUCUUUCUGGCCUCACCUCCCAGAGUCUGACAGUCAGUUUGUUGGCAGCGGUCGAGCUGAAGGCACAAACAUCAACCUGCCGUGGAACCAGACGAGGAUGACUGACGCUGAUUACAUCACAGCCUUCCAACAGCUGCUGCUGCCUGUAGCCCACGAGUUUCAGCCUCAGCUGGUUCUGGUCUCUGCUGGAUUUGAUGCUGCAGUCGGAGAUCCGAAGGGGGAGAUGUGUGUGAGUCCUCAGUGUUUCCACAUCCUGACUCACAUGUUGAUGAGUUUGGCUGAAGGUCGGCUCGUUCUCGCUCUCGAGGGAGGUUAUAACCUGCAGUCGACAGCUGAGGGCGCUGCAGCUUGUGUCAGAGCUCUGCUGGGAGGAGCCUGUCCUCCUUUGACUCCGCCCACCGCACCUUCUGACAGUGCUCUGCAGUCCAUCUCUCGGGCCGUCUCAGCUCUGUACCCUCACUGGGCCUGUCUGCAGACUCUGGAGGGCAGCUCAUUGGCUAAUGGGCGUGUCAUCAGAGCAACAGUCAAUGAGCAAAGCACAAAGCCGACCGUCCCCACCCCAUCUGUUGCCAUAGCAACAGGUCUGGUCUAUGAUGAGAGGAUGAUGGAGCAUCUGAACAUGUGGGACAGACAUCACCCUGAGCAGCCUCAGCGGAUCUUUAAAAUCUUCUCCAAACACGAGCAGCUGGGUUUGGUUGAUCGUUGCCGACGGGUCCCAGCUCGUCUAGCGACAGAGGAGGAGCUGUCCAGGUGUCACAGUGUGCAGCACAUAGAGCAGAUGAAGGCCACAGCAGUGAUGAAGCCCAGAGAUUUACACAAGCUGGGAUCUGACUUCAACUCCAUUUACAUCAACAACCAGAGCUUCCAGUCAGCUCUGCUGGCUGCUGGAGGCUGCUGCAGCGCUGUGGACCACAUCCUCACAGGACAGGUGAAUAAUGGCGUGGCGAUCGUUCGUCCUCCCGGUCAUCAUGCAGAGAGAGAUUAUCCCUGCGGCUUCUGUUUCUUCAACACAGCCGCACUCGCCGCUCGCCACGCACAAAAAGUUUCCCAUGGUGCACCACUGCGAGUCCUCAUCCUUGACUGGGAUGUUCACCAUGGCAACGGGACGCAGCACAUGUUCGAGGAUGAUGACAGUGUUCUGUACGUCUCCCUCCAUCGCUAUGACAACGGGACAUUCUUCCCGUCCUCAGAGGACGCUGCCCCUGACAGGGUGGGUGUGUCGAAGGGGGCGGGGUUUAACGUCAACAUAGCGUGGAGCGGUGGGCGGAUGGGCGACUCAGACUACCUUGCUGCAUUUCACCACGUCGUCAUGCCGAUUGCGACUGAGUUCAACCCUGGUCUGGUUCUGGUGUCAGCCGGAUUCGAUGCAGCUCGCGGGGAUCCACUCGGUGGAUAUAAUGUGACCCCAGAGGGAUACGCCCACCUGACACACCUGCUGAUGUCACUGGCAGGGGGCCGGGUCCUGCUCAUCCUGGAGGGAGGUUAUAACCUGACAUCCAUCUCUGACUCCAUGGCGAUGUGCACCAGCGUGUUGCUGGGAGACCCUCCUCCCUCCUUGAUGACGCCCCUCCCCCCUCCACAUCGCAGCGCCAUGACAACGAUCAAUGAGGUCAUCCAACAGCACGCCCCCUACUGGAGGUCCCUGAGGAUACACAUCCCAGAGUCUGUGCGGGUGUCGCUGCCUGCCCUGAAGCAUCGUGGAAAACGUAGUUCUAAAGGAAAAGGCAGGAUGUCCGAGGAGAGCAGGGUAGACAGGCCACUGCUGCCCCCUACAGGACAGGAGGACUUGACGACGGAGCCCAAUCUGGAGCACCUGAUGCAGGGAUUUGCCAGUUUGGACAUCAGUCAAACCUCAACAAUUCACACCCCUGCUACAUCCACUGCGGUGGGUGGAGCAAGGCCAAAGGUCCGCCUCAACCCAGAGCUCACCUGUGACGGUGAAGUGAAGGCGGAGUCAGGUGAAGUGACACCUGAGCAGAGCCAAUCAGCAGAGGCUGCUGCUGUGGCAGUGUCAGAGUCGGUUGCUUCCAGAGAUGUGGCUACUGGUGGAGCGGGGGCGGAGCCAGAGACAGAGGGAGCGUGUGGUUGGUCGAAGACUCAGACAUCUCUGGAGCUGACUUGUGGAGGACAGACGGAUGCCCCUCUGUACGUGGUGGACCCUCUGUCCUGGUGUCCUCACCUGGAUGCUGUUAAGCCCCUCCCCCGUUCAGGUAUCGAUGUCUCCCUACCAUGUCAGGACUGCGGCUCUGAUGCUGAGAACUGGAUCUGUCUCACCUGCUACCAGGUGUUCUGUGGUCGUUAUGUGAACGAGCACAUGGUGACUCAUGGUGUGGUCUCCGAACACCCGGUGGUUCUGAGCUUCUCAGAUCUGUCUGUGUGGUGCUACCUGUGUGAGGCCUACGUGCACAACCAGACGCUGUUCCAGGCCAAGAACUCUGCUCACUGGGCCAAGUUUGGAGAGGAGGUCCCUCCAUGGAGCUGAGGAGGAGAAGCUGAGGAGGAGGAGCUGAGAGGAGGAGCUGAGGAGGAGGAGCUGAGAGGAGGAGCUGAGGAGGAGGAGCUGAGGAGGAGCUGAGAGGAGGA